CCUUCACACGGGUCCCUGAGUGACAUUCUUUAAGCAGAAAAUCUGAUAGAGAUAGGUGUAAGGUAUAAUAUACUGUUCUUACAACUAUAUAUAUAUAUUUUUUUUGGUUGAAAGGAAUAAAAAAAAAUUUAAAAAGCUGCCGCAGAAGAGACCUAUACAAUAGGAUGCAACUGCUGAUCCUUGUCUUGCUGCUGCAUGCAGUCCUGACGGCUUACUCUGCUAAUGCCUCAUCCACGGGGCAGGUUCCUCUGAAGAAACCCUCUCAUUCUGUCGGGUUAAUAGAGGGGCAGAAAUUUGAGGCCAACUGCAGCCUGAGCGGCAUCACAGCCCCACCCGAGGGGCUGCUGAUCGCCUGGAACUGGAAGGUGGGGAACGAGUACCCAGUGAGGCUCGCCAACCACUUCUCAGACAACACCCAAGAAACCGUCAAAUACAGCGCAAGUCAGUUCAGAGGAAGGCUCUGGGUGCACCUAGAGAAGUCAAGCUGCUGCAUCCUGACGAUCAAGCCGGUCCGCACCAGUGACUCCGGGGAGUACCAGUGCCUUAUCAAUGGGAACCAGGAGCUCCUGCUGGACCUUCACGUUGACAAGCCUUUCAGGAACAUCGAAAUUAGUUACGAACCAAAAAAUGUUACAGAAGGGGAGGAAGUGACGGUGACCUGCACGGCCGAUGGCGGGUACCCACAACCUGAUGUGCAAUGGGUAUCCGAGGGGCAGAAGGUGACUAGAGAGGCCAAGACAACAAUGACCAGGUCCAGUGAUGGCAGCUUCAAUGUGCGCACUAUCCUGCGUAAAGACGCCAAGGUGGGGGUUCGGUAUUCCUGCAGCAUCUGGGACAGGUUCACUGAGAAACUCCUGUUGGAGUUUGUAGAACCCAUCCCGGGCCCAAAAGUCAAGACGCCGCUGAAAGAAGUGACGGGCAUUCUUGGCAAGAACGUGGUGCUGAAAUGCAGGCUGUCUCUCCCCCACAAUAACUCGGACAUCAUGAAAGAGCUGUCCAUCAUCUGGCUGGUUCACGACCCGACGGGCACAGAGAAGAUCAUCCAUGAAGUGAUCCAAGGAGACAGAACGCUCUCUUCUGCCAAGUAUUUUCAACGCACCAAAAACUUCUGGAAUACCUUUGUGUCCCAAGGCAUAGCUGACUUGGAGAUACAGGCGGUCACUGUCGAGGACAUGGGGAACUACAUUUGCAGGAUUAAGAAGGGGACUGAGUUGAUAGGGGAGAAUUUUGUGGAGCUAAAGGUCACCUCGCCCUACUCCAAACCAGUCAUUACCUAUGUCAGGCGUGAUAUUCACCAGCAGCAAGUGCUGCAUCUCUUGUGCCUGACCCAGGGAGGGUUCCCAAUAGGGGAUAUCCAGUGGCUAGGGCCUGGGCAGAAAGAUCUGACCGAUCAGUCAGAGAGUCACGUCAAAGUGACGUCAGACGGGAUGUACAAAAUGGUGAGUGAUCUGAAAAUCGUUGUGGACGUGGAUGACACGUACACCUGCGUGGUCUCGAACCCCUGGCUGGAAAACAAAGAGACCGAAGUUAUUACCUUCGUGAACAAAAACAGAUGAUGUACUAAAAAAAAAAAAAAAAAAAAAAGGGGUGCGACUUUCAGUUUGAAUUUACUGUAUCAGAAUAUGUCAAAAAAAGAAAGACUGCUUUUAAAAUGUUUUUUUUUUAAGGAAAUAUCACAAAUGUGGCGGUGUGUGUUUAUUUUUUAAAACAUUUCUUCAUAUUAUUUAAUUCUGGAACUUUGUGCUAUUCAAACUGUAUUGGUCUAUAACCUAUAACCUAACUAAAACCAUCAGUUUAAUCUCAGAUUAACCUAAUCUACCCAAUGAAUGACUAGCAAAACAGUGGAACUCAUUAGUAUCCAUUGGUCACAAUUACUGUGUGCAUUUAAUAUUAGAGUUAGGUUUUAAUUAUUGUUUUUUUCAUUCCCCUUACUAUUGUAAUAUUUAUAAAUUAAGGUAAAUGUAGACUUAACUACUUUGUUUUGCUAUAAGGAUGAGACCAGACCAUGUUUAGCAUUUUAACAAUGUUUCCCGUUUAUUAGUUCCAAAUCCCCACAUUACAUUCUACACUGAACGUUAUUGCUUAGAUACAAUACGUGUCACUAGUAUUAACAGAGAUAGGCAAUUGAUCAGAUCAGUGCAACCAACCACUAACCACCCUCUUACAAGGUUACCAUGGUUAAUUGCUUACCGGAAUUUCCUUUCCCAUACAUUUCAAACUGAAGUUACCUUAGCAGUUCCACUGAAAGUCACCUCCAGCAACCUGGUUUAACAUCACCAGCACAUCAAAGCACACUUCAGCGGAUAACCAUUUAUCAAUCGGCAGAGAAAAAAUAAGGCACCCAGUUUUUCACAAUGUCAUAACCCUAAUUAUCGUCAUGCCCAUUACCUGAAAUGCUACCAUUUAUAACUGUGAUGUUUUACUCUUACAACAGUAAUUAAGUCAGUAUCUAAGCGAGGACCGCUGUGCCUUCCCCUUCUCCCCGAGUUCAUUUGCAUGUUAAUUAUCAUUAGCGGCCAGGGAAACAAGUCCUAAACAGCUUAAUUAGCAGCUUAAUCAUUUUAUACAAGAACUUUCUCCCUGGUUUAAUACAUUAGUGGCUGUUGUAAUUUUUUAAGUCAGAUUAUCUUGGGGUGCUUCUGGUUGAAGAGGGAUUUAAACUUGCUCCCAACCCCCCUUUGUUCUGAACUGAGCUUUGAAAAACUCAAGCAAUAAACCGUUAGCAGUUUCCCACUUUCAUUUAAAAAAAUAAAUAAAUGCAGAAACAAUGCUGAAAUUGUUUUUAUAACAGAGCUGUUACAAUCUUCUGCCACUGGAGGGAUGCUGAGAAAUAACACUUUGAAGGACUAAAACGCCAAUAAAUGUAGUAAAUCUUUUCCCUGAUUACAGGACUAUGGGCUAUACAAUCUCAAAUACUUGAGCUAUCUUUCAUGGAAGUAAAGUUUUAUAGAAAACCAUCAACUUACUAUGAGGAACUGUUUUUCGCUUGCCAUAUGCUUCGCCUGCAUGGUUUCCCAGUCUUGAAAGGCUAAUCAAAUGACAGGUAGACACAGUGAGUGGUUGUUGCAUGUCAAGGACGCAUUCCUUCAUUCACUGUUCCUCCUGUGAACUCUAUUUCUGGUAUGAUUUACAAAAUUAAUCAAAAUUAAAUGUACAGUUUUAUCUUUAUAUGUGAUAUUAGACACAACAUCUACCAGUAUGUGUAAAUAAAUUGCACGUCACUUCAGAGUUCUAACCAACAGGGGUCGCCAAAAGUCUGCGAUUAAUAACUCAAAGCGUCUUUUGAUGGGUUAACAGCUAUCGGGUACUCCAACCUCUCUACCAUUUGUAUUUUACUAUUUCACACUUUAGAAAUAUGUAUUGUUUUGUGUUGCUCAUUUACCCUCUGUUGAUAUAAAAACAGAUACAUCAAAAGGAACCAAGUUGGAAGUUUUUGAAAAUGUAAUUCCAAAGGGUAUUUAUGGACUGCGGCAGUGAACCGUUCAUAGCGUGGCUCUGGUGGCAGGUCAAACGGAAGCUUUCGGUCUCACAGCUAUGCUUUCCCCCGUGGAAUAGCUAAAUAUGAAAUUACACCAGUUUUAAAAAGUACUGGAGGUCGCCUAGAUCUACUGCACCAAAUUAAUUGCAUAUCGCAUGCACAAAGAACGCUUUUAAAAUUGUCACCCAUGUCACGGAGCAGCAUAUAACAAUUCAAUGACAAAGUACAAGCACUUGCCGUACACUGCAGAAAUGAAUUACAAUGCUGAGUUUCUCAAUAUUAAAGUGAUGGUAGUUUAAGAAUAAUUUACUAAUAUUAUGUUUGUUUGUAUUAAUAAAUAUAUAUACACACACACACACACACACAC